AAAUAGAUGUUAGACUUACAAGCUCAGCGUGUGUUAACCAGUUCCCUUAUUGAAAUGCGUUAAUGAGCAACACGAACGAAUGCGCAUAAUAGCGGUCCCAACCAGCUUGCCCGUGCCACUUAUAAUUAUUGGUAACAUUUGCAUAUUUGGGUCAGCAUUUGCCGCAAUUGAUUGAUUGACCUCUUCCAUGUCUAUGAAUUUCGUUCGGCAAAUACAUACAGCGCAAUCGAAUAUCUACAUACAUAUGCAUUUCAUAAAUGCUGUUGAAAGAUGCACGAAAAACACUGCUUAUGCAAUUUCAUCGAAUUCCGUCUCGACUAGAGUUCAAAUGAAUGGAAUAUAAAACAGAUGGUAAUCAAUGGCAUCACAAUUAGUUUAUCGCAAAGUUGCGGCACUUCAGCUUGGAAAAGUUUUCUGGAUCUGUAUCUCGGUAGGAAACUUCCAGCAUGAAGGUCCUUAUCAGUAUCUUAACGAUGUUGGUUGCUUCAUGCAACGCCGGAUUUCUAUUUGCCGCAAGUGGAUUCUACGGUGGAGUUGAAAAAGACCUUAAAAGUUUUAUUGUGGACGAUGUGGCCGAAAAAGUGAUUAUUCCAAAACCGGUUUUGGGUGUUUCUAAGGUAAUUAAGACAUUCCCCAAAGUAUAUGCGGAUUUUGAUGAAAUUAGUGGACGCACAGUGGUGGUACCAAAGCCAUAUUUUGGGGUUUCUAAGGUAAUUAAAACAUUCCCCAAAGUAUAUGCGGAUUAUAGUGAUAUAAGUGGACGUACAAUUUCGCCCGGAGAAGUGCUUGUUUCAAAAUCUGUUUUUGGAGUUCCUAAGCUAAUUAAGACAAUCCCCAAAGUUUACGCAGAUCCGUAUGUUUAUAAUGGACGUAGAGCCUUUGGAGACCUUUACGCGAAAGACACAGAGGUGACACCUGAAGUUAAAGAAUCAGAUACAGAAAGUGAUCAUGGUGAAUAUGUUGGCCAUGAAAAUGACGGUAACGAUGUACAGCAAGAGGGUGAAACUAUUAAACUUAUUCUGAUCGAAGACGAAAACAGCCCUCUUGAGGGUGGAGGGCAGGCGCACCAAAAUAUCAAAACUAUUAAAGUGAUUCGCGUAGCAGCGGGGCACGGUGGGAAUGUCGGCAAUAGGGGUCAUAGUGGAGAAGGCGGAAAUCAAGAAAUAAAAACAAUUCAGGUGAUUAACGAGGAAGGGCGAAGUGUUGAUCAUGGUGGCAUCGGUACGCAAGCUGGUCCUUCCACCCGAGAUCAUAACAGCCAAUAUGGCACAUUUGGUGGCCAUCGAGAAGUCCAAACGAUUAAGGUGAUUCAGGACUAUAACCCUUAUGUCGGGACGUACUAUAAUGGACCAAGUGUCGGCUUUGCUAAUGGUGGAUUCGCCGGUAGCAAUGGCAGCCAAAAAAUCAAAAUCAUCAAAGUUAAUUAUGCUGGAGACGGGAGCCCUGGACCUAUUGUUUACGGAGGUCAAAAGGGUUAUGGAAAUUUCGACAACAAAUAUUAUCAAAAAAACUUAAUUAAACUGAUUCACUAG